UAGCUUCUUUCACAAACACAGUUAGGUACAGAGAGAGAUAGAGAGACUGUAAAAAAAGAGUGAGAGUGAGAACGAGAGAGAGAGAGAGAGAGAGCUUAGGAAGGCCAGGAAUGACAGAGCCUGGUCAUCGUUAUCUUCCUGCUCCUCGAGCUCCUCCAUUUCAAUCAAUCUCUUCUUGGUUUCCGUGAUUAUUAUACGUCGAGUCGUAUGAUUCUCUGUUUUCCUGCUCACAGUUUUCGUUUUCUUUUUCUUUUUUUGUUAUGGGGGGGUUUUUGAUUCGAUUUUGAUAAUUUGUAAGUCUGUGUUCAUCUCGGUUCAGUCCUUAAAGCCUUACGCUUUUAGUAGUUUUGUUUUGUACCCUAGUCUUUGGGUCGUUUUUGCGUGUUUUGAUAUGCCUCAAAGCACAGAGGUUUCGUACUCUGCGCUGUCUUUUAGCAGAGCUCCGAAGUGAACGGUUGCUGUCUCUGGUUUUCCAUUUUUUUUUUUCAAUCAUUAUUUUAUUUUUUGCAUUCCUUUAGCAAUUAUUGUACGGUGUUUUCUCUUGUGGGUAUCAUUUAUUUUUCUUUGUUUUUUCUCUUUUGGGUUUUUGGUUUUUUAAUCUUUUGUUUAGAAGUGACUUUGGACGAAAUGUGAGUGAAAAAAAAGGUACAUUUUACACAAAGAAAAUGGUUUAUUUGUUGUGUUGCAUUUCAACAAUGCUGAACUGGGUUUGAAAGAUUUUGGGUGUUAUUUUCGUGGGAUUUCCAUGAAGAUUUGAGCUUUGUGGUUGAAAAGUUUUUUUUCUCUUCGGCUUUAGCAUUUUGGAGAAGGGAUUUGGACAGCAUUGGAAAGAAAUGAACGAUAGUGCAGGUAAAACAUCGUCUUGUUUGUCACUCGCAGUACCGGAAAAGAGAACUCAUAGGCCUGGUGGUUGUGUUGGGAUCUUCUUUCAGCUCUUCGAUUGGAACCGCAGGUUUGCCAAGAAGAAGCUCUUUUCCAAGAAAUUGCUUCCUCCUGCUCGUGCAAAACAAGCAUCUAAGAAGUUUAAAGGAGAUGAGAAAAUGCCCACUUCCAAGCUUCAUUUGAUUGCUGAUGAAAACAGUGGAGGUUUCCCAAAUAUGAAGAAACAUCCGAACCGCAGUAUUGAUUUUGACCAUAAGCAUGAAAUGCGAGCUCCUGGUUUGGUUGCUAGGCUUAUGGGUCUUGAAUCCAUGCCUGCUUUGCGUGAUAAGUCAAAGAAAGUUAAUUUAUCUGAUGCUUGUGAUAAUAAUGGAGAGAAGAAAUGUGCGAAUACUUAUAGCGUUGUUGAUGGAGAAGAUGUGAAUUUGGAAAGAGGGAGUACAAAGAUUGAAUCUAGGCCUCAGAAGCUUCAGAAAACGGGACAGUUUGAGAGAAAGGUAGUGACUAGGUUUGGAGCUGAAGCACUUCAAAUUAAGAAUGUUUUAUCACGGUCUAGAAAGCAUCAUCAUCAUCCAAAACUUGUCCCCCCAGUUAAAAGUCCAAGGAUUCCUUCUGGGAGAAAUGUUUCUCGGACCUCCCGGUUGAUUGAUGCAGCUACUAAGAUUUUGGAACCUGCUACGACUAAAACAAAAUGUGCUAUAACGUACUCAAAUUCUACUCAGUAUCCUCCCAAGAAUGUGGUUAUGAAAGAGGCGACUUUUGUGAAGUCAGAGGAGCUACCUAAACAACCUUGUUAUUCUGCCAAUUCAACCAAUUGUUUAAUGGGGAAGACUUCUUGCAAAAAUUGUGGUAAUCUACUUGACGUUGUGGAUGUUGGACCAAAUGCUGCAGAACAGCCAUCCAUUUUUCCAUCUUUUGCCUCAAAUUUUGUAGAUGUCCCUUUGGAGGCAACAGGAAGAAGUAAUCCGAGGACACCUAUACCCUCCUUUGGCCAACAAGUGGAUGUAGUUUUUCCGUUAAAUCGGGACCAGCCCGUAUCUCUUCCAACUCAAAGGAAAGAAGAAAUGGAUAAUAGACAAUGGAAUGGGAAGUCCAUUACAGAGAGAAAUUCUAUGCCUCAUGACGGUCAAGCUCCAUGGCAGUCUUCAAGCCAACCCUCCAAGCUUCAAAGUGAUGAAAGGUCUUCCAUUACCGUAAAGCACAGGGCUCAAAUUCAGGAUCAGAUGCCUUUAGCCAGGGGUAGGACUCCAUCCAGGUCUAAACUGAACAAUUUGCAAAGCAGAAGAGCCUCAUCGGCUGCAAAUGCUGUUAGAGGAACCAAAGAUUUUGUUGCAUUGAACCGUAGCUUGAGCGGUCGCACCCGACCCAGAGUACCCACUAAAGUGGAGGCUUCUAAGGUUGAUUCAGACAGGAAAGCUAUUGACAGCCGAGAUGAAUCCCCAUCACAAUUAAGAAGUUCAGUGAGGAAAAGGAGGACAAUUAAUGCCAGUGUCCAAGUUGAGAGUAGGGGUUUUGUUACUUCAACAGCUACAAAACAGAAGAAUAUACAGUUUGAUUCACAGACUGGAAAUGGACUGGGGCCUGAUAUGCAACCGAUGAACCGCAUUGGUGUUAGAAGUAGAUUAGCUGAUCAGAGAGAUGAUAAUAGAGCUAAAAAUAAAAGCACUGAUGUUAUUUCUUUCACGUUUAAUUCGCCCAUGAGGCACAAAACUGGAGUCCCCAUGGAAGUGGAGGAGAAAACCAUGGGCAAUGAGAUGAAGAAAUUUUCUCAAAAACCAUUGUCACAGAAAAGAGAUUCUAUAGGUGCUCUUCUGGAACAAAAAUUGAAGGAACUGACAAGUCAAGAAGAUGAAGAGUUGGCAACUGGUGGUCCACCAAAGAGAUCAACAGCUAUGAUUCUGCAGGAGCUAAUAUCUGCAUUAACUUCAGACCACCCAGAAAUAGUAUCCCCAUCCAUUGCUGAAACGAAGUUUGGAAGGACAGCUAGAAUUUCUCAUUAUGGUGAUCAUCUAAGCCCUGGAUCUGUUCUUGAUGCUUCAUUCUCGUCUAGUAGUCUGGACGAUAGCUCAGGGCAUGGGUUACAACCCCACUAUGUGGAUUGCUCUGAUGAUCACUUGCAUUCAUUGGAAUCUGAUACUGAUCUUUUGGAUUCUGCUACUUCUUGGGACCAAGAGAGGUCUAUCAAGAGGGUAACGACUCUAGUUAGCAAUAUUUCUAAGAUAUUGCAUAGCAUCAGUAUUGCCGGGGAAAGAUUGCCCGAAAACCAGCUUACCUAUGCAAAAGAUGCUAUAUUGAAUGCAGAAAUUUUGUUCGGGGAUGUGGCUCCCAAUCGUGGGGAUGGAAUGAAAGGUCUGUUGGUCAGUCCGAUUCUCCUUGAACUAGAAACUAAUGCCAAUGCUAUUUGGACAAAUAUGGACAUUACCGGUCUGGAUGCUACCAAGGUGGGGAAUCAAUGUAGGGAGUUUCUUUUUGACUGUCUGAUAGAAUGUAUAGAAUCUAGAUAUAGCAAAUGUUGUAACACUGGAUUCAGAUAUUGGAGAAGGCUUCCUUUGUGCAUGACCAGAGAGAUGAUAUGUCAAUGUGUUGAAGAAGAGAUUAAAAAAUGGUCAUAUUUGGCUGGGAUGGUUCCGGAUGAGCUAAUAGAAUGGGAGAUGAGUCAUUCCCUUGGAAAAUGGACAGAUUUUGAUAUAGAAGCUUUUGAGUGUGGUGCUGAAAUUGAUGGUGAAAUUCUUCAUAUUCUAGUUGAUGAAAUUGUGAGAGACCUUUGGGAAUGCAAGCAAUGGUCCCUUCAACAUUUCGUACAGAUCUAGGAAUUUUUUAGUUUUUCUUUGGUCAAUUGUAACAUGAAAAUUCAAGCAAAAUCGUAUUAUUUUUUUUGGUUUGUACAAAUUGAUGGAUGGCAUUAAUGGAGGCUUUUGGAAUUUGUAGAAGAACAUGGUGUCUAUAUUUGUUUUGCUUGAAAAAACAGUUUCGAGUUUUCUUGGUCUUAA